AUGGGGUGUUUCCGUUGUUAUGGAGAAUCAUCAGUCAAAAAACCAGUGAAAAGGGGAAACAAUACCACCAAUAGUCAGUGUAAAGGAGAUGAUCAUGCACAGCUCAUGACAGAUGCAUUUAAGGUGAGCCCACAAAACUAUGUAAAGGAGGAGUCGAAAGUCUUAGUAGAUCAACCUGCAGUUGAAGAGGAUGCAGAUGCCAGUAAAAGGACAUCUGCCGAUGAUGAGACCAAUGCCAUUAAAGCACGGAAAUUUACAUUUGCAGAAUUGGUGGCUGCAACAGAGAACUUCAAGCCAGAUUAUUUUUUGGGCGAGGGAGGUUUUGGAAAAGUUUAUAAAGGUCAUUUGCAGGAUAGUGGCCAGAUAGUAGCUAUAAAGCAACUGGACCGUAAUGGAUGUCAAGGGAUUAGGGAAUUUGUCGUUGAAGUGUUUACAUUAAGUAUGGCUGAUCACCCUAAUCUAGUUAAGUUAAUUGGUUAUUGUGCCGAGGGAGAUCAGAGGCUGUUGGUCUAUGAGUACAUGCUGCUAGGUUCAUUGGAGGACCAUUUACAUGACCUUCGACCCAAUAAAGAACCACUUGAUUGGAAUACACGAAUGAAGAUAGCAGCUGGUGCAGCUAAAGGCCUAGACUUUGGGGUUGUUCUUUUGGAGCUCAUCACAGGCAGAAAGGCAAUUGAUGAAACAAGAGAAGGCGCUGCGAAAAAUCUGGUUGCAUGGGCCCGGCCAUUGUUCAAGGACCGAAAGAAAUUCUACAAAAUGGCAGAUCCAGUACUCCAUGGACAAUACCCUGCGAGAGGCUUAUACCAAGCCCUUGCAAUCGCUGCUAUGUGCGUCCAGGAGCAACCUAACAUGCGGCCGCUCAUUGCUGAUGUCGUUACAGCAUUGAAUUACCUAGCCUCCCAGUCAUAUGAUCCUAAGAUCCAUCAAUCCCAAAUUCCACAGAGCCCGUCUUCCCAUAUGUUUAAAGGAGACAACAAGCAAGAACCUUUUAUUGGUGACUGA